AUGGAGUAUAACAUUCUUAUCACCGGUGGCUCAGGCUACCUGGGAGGCACGCUCUUGAACCAGUUAGAAAGCGCAGACCUCCCCAAAUACCACAAACUGUUUUCAUUCGUGCGAUCAGACGCCCAGGCCGAGGCAGUGAAGCAGUACUCCGCUGAACCCCUGCAGUUUGAUAUGCGGGACGAAACCAGUGUGCGCGAUAUCAUCUUGCAAAACAGAAUAAAUGUCGUCUUCUUUCUGGUCGAUGCAAUCAGCUCGAACAGUCAGGAGUCCUUUAUCAAGGCGUUGGCGGAACUGCGCAAGACGACUGGACAGGAUGUGCAUUUUCUUCAUACCAGUGGAGCGAAGGCGUUCUCGAACCAUGCUGGAGCUCCAAUUGAUCAUCUCCUUUUCGACGAUGACCCCAACUUAUACGAGAUUCAGAAGUCUCAGCGGUCCUCGCUCCCGAUCAUGCAACAGGGCGUGGAAACAAACAAUCGAAUUAUAGAGCUGAGCGAAUCUCUCGGUGUGAAAAGUUACAUAUUCUCCCCCUGCGUGGUUUAUGGUAAAGGAGAAGGAUUCGGGAACAAGGUGUCGAUCCAAACAGCUGCUAUCGUGAGAGCAGCCAGAGCAACUAGGAGAGUGUACAAUCCGAAUGAACGAGACGAUUGGGCUUGGCCGGUCUGCCAUUUGCUUGACAACACCAUGUUGUACGUCGAGAUACUGCGGAAGAUACUGUCAUCUGAGGAUAUCCCCCACGGUCGAAAUGGUUACUACCUCCCGUCGAGCGGUCGGGUUAGAUGGAAAGACGUUUACGAAUCCAUUGCCACGGCACUUUUCAAAAGAGGCCUCCUCGAGGACAGUGCUGUCCAUCCGGCCAACGAUGACAUUCUAGGUGCUAUGGCUGGCGCGCUUGACUCACCGAAAGAAAUGGUCGCGGUCCAAAUUGGUGGCGAAUGUCUUUUGGAAGCAAGAAAUGGCCUCAAAAUUGGCUGGAAGCCGGUGUUCCCUCCCGAGCAUAUUCUCGAUGUCCUCGAUCAAGAAGUCGACCUCGUCCUUUCCGACGGUGCUCAGAAGUCUCACGGAGAAGCACGCUGA